UUCCUCUUGUGCAGCUGAGAUACCCGGUUCAUGCACCGUCCCAAUUUCCAGUUCUAUCUUCAAUUUCAAACCUUUUAUGUGGUGGUAUAAAUACUAAAAUUUAAAGCGCCAAAUUCAAUUUCUGCAUCCGUUAGCUUCAUCUUCUCCUCCUCCUCCACACUCUCUCCCUCACUUUCACCAAACACGAUGCGAACUCGCUUUCUCAACAACGAUUACUUCACCCUCCCUCCUCCGUCUCACCGCCACCACGAAACCCUCCCCUUCCUCCACCUCCCUGUCCCUCGCCUCUCCACGCCGCCUCCCUCCUCCGUCCACAACCACCUCCGCUUCCAUCCCCCUCUCCGCCUCUCACUCCUCACCGACCCCUUGCCGAUCGACGCCGCACUCUCCACCUUCCUCUCCGAUGUCCUCCCUCACCGAAUCCACCUCGAAUCGUACAACCUCUCAGUUCCGGACCUAGACACGAAUCGCGAGCAUCAAGCAGAGGUUAUCUUUGAAGAUCAUCUCCCUGAAGCUGAUAUUGAAUUUCUGAAAGAGAGUGCAACGAUUGCUCGAAGUGAUAAGAGCGAUACUGUUCGGGAACCUAUUCAAUUCGAAACACCUGAGCUAGACACACUCUUGGAAAAUGAAUGCUUCACUGAGAACGAGAGGAUGCAAAUGCUGUCUCAAACUCCUGACGUUGAAAAUAGCCUGGAAAUGGUCAAGCCUGAGGUAUUAUGGCAGUACCCUUAUGAGGCUCUGGAAUCAGUAUCUAAGGUUGAAGAUGUUGUUUCGGAGUACCUGAAAGGGGAGAAAGAAUAUUCUUUAGAAGAUAAUAUCUCUAUGCAGCACCUUCCACACAUUGAACAAAACAUAUUUCUUGUUCUGGAAGUGGAUGAGGAAAGUUUGGGAAUUCCCUCGUGCUUAUCUAUGGUAGAAAUUGUUGAUUCAUAUUUUGAAAAUAUCAGACCUCAAAAUUUUGAUGAACGAUAUCAAUCAGUUACAGAGGGCAAGGAGCUUUUGGGUUCUGAGGAGCAAAACAUGAUGAAGUUUUUCUCAGAUGACUGUGUGUCAAAAAAGAGCUUGGUGUUAUCCGAUUUGUCCCCUGACAAUGAUUUUAUAAACAUGUUGGAAACUGAACAUGUUGAUUGGAAUAUUGCCCUGCAAGGAAAAGGGCAGGUCGAUAGUGCUUUGUUAGCAAAUCUCGUUACCUUCCAGGAAUACAUCUUCCUUGAUGAGGACUUAAUUCAAACCCUUGAUGCUUUCUAUGACACGAAAGCAUCGGUUGAUCAAGAAAGAAGUGACCAGAUGUUCAUGAAAGAAUUUAACUUCAAGAGUUUUGAUGAAUUGGUUGUUAGUAAUGAGAUGGCUCUAAUAGAUGACAGGUUCAAAUCACUGCCUGUACCUGUUAUCUCUGAUUAUGAAAAGUUGAUAACUCCACAUGAUAUCAUUGGAGAACUAUUUUCCAACAUGAAGACGCGGCCUCUAUCUGCAUCUGAUGGCAUUUACUUAAACUGGGAUCUACUUGAUGAAGAUAAAUGCAAUUACAAAAUGUCUAAUUGGUAUCUGAACAUAUGCGCCAAGAUAGAUCUGAAAAACCAAGACAUUGCGGGAAAUUCUUUUGACAACAGAAAUGUGGUUUUUGAUCUAGUUUUCUGUUGUGAUAUAGGUGAAUGCGACAUUGUACAAAGUGUAGAGUUGAAGAAGUUGCUUUCUGAUUGCAUUCCUCUGCCUGACAAUCUGCCUGAAGAAUUUACUUCAAGCAAUCUAUUACAACAUGGAUCUUCUAAACAAGGAUGUCGAGAGCAAUUACCGUGUCGAGAGCAAUUACCAGAAAGGGAUGCAGAGAGGGCUUCAUUAUUUUUUAAGUCUAUGUCAGAAAUCAGCAAUCUUGAGUAUUUCUUAAACCCUAAAUAUGUGACUGAUAAGGCGAACUGUAAUUUUGCAGUAGAGUCCACCAAUGCUAAUGUUAAUAUUCCAAAAGAUACAUCCACCGAAUUUAAGGCUGGUCUACAGUCACACGGAUGGCACACUGUUUUGCAUAGAAUUAAGUUGUCCGACAAUAUUGUGGCCAUUACAGCAUAUUUUGAAAAAUGCUAUCUAGCCAUUUUGCAGAGUGAUACAGAGCUGACAAAGAUGUAUAACCCAGAUGUAGAUUAUUUUAAAUUACUGAGCUUUCCAAAGCGCAAGCUGUUUGAAUACCAUGUGAAUGGAAACAAUAUGGCGUUUAUUGCGCUAAGUGCAAUUAAACAGGCUGCUUGGUACUUAUGUUUUUAUGGUCUCAAUCCAGCAUGCUUGUAUGUAGACAAAUUAUGUCAAAACUUGGAUUACUUGAAAUCAAGGUUAGGCUUCCUCCAAUCUUUGAUCAAAUAUGAAAACAGAAAGGUGGACGGCAGUUAUACCAUAGCACAUCCAUCACUAACAAUUGUCAAGGAAAUUUUACAGUCAAGCAUCAAAAGUAAUAGUUUGAAAGCUCUAAUUGUGGCUGAAGAAGUAUUCUGGUGGUCAUUGAAAAAUCUCCUUCUUUCCUUGGGGUUAUCGUGCAGUAAACUAAAUGAUUCUUACAGAAAUCAGCCCUAUGCGAGUAAUCUGCCUGAGGACACAAAUACUAAAAUGAAGGAACUUCUGAAUUCAGACUGCUUGCUGGUUUCACAUAAGCAUGUUUCUCUGUUGUUUCCAUUCAACAAAUUUGGCAUUAUCCUGGAAUAUGGUGGUCCAUAUGGCUCAUCUAGAAUAUCUGAACUUUCUCCAAACUCGGUUGGAAAGCCUCAUCUUCACUUUUUGACGAUUGAUUUGGAUGACCAUGCUGCUUCCAAAGCACUGUGUGAGGGCGUUGAAACCCCCCCAAACACUGGAAUGUUACUGGAAAGUGAGACUCCCCUUAUUUUCUAUCACAAAGAAAGUAUGGCAAAUCAGAAGUUAGAGAGACUGCUGAACUUUUGUCCAGUGGAACAAAGCUAUGGUAUAGAAUCUUCAAAGGUUGCACCUGAAACAGACAAUUUUGUGCCAGUAAUUACUGCAGCGCAAUCUGAGCAUGGAAAUCAGAGUUUGGAGCCUUUUUCUGGAUCAGUUAUCAUCGUGAAUACUCAAAACAUAGAUAAGGAGAUGAUAGUGUCUAGAAGAAGCUCUUACCAAGUAAUUCUUGCAAUGGAGAAAGGAGGAGUUCAAGUUGUUGAACGUGAUUUAGAUUUGCCGGUGGAUAUUAUAAUAAGUUCUGGAAUUUGCUUGGCAUGGUAUGAUAGCAGAAACCUGGGGAAGAAAGGAACUCCAGCUACUGAAGCAUCUUCAAGUUUGCCUCUAUGUAUUGACAAUAUUGCAACAGAUGUUCUGACAUUGCUUAGUUUUUACUUCCGUGGCUCCUUUCUGGUCUUUGAGGGAGAAUUUGACUUUCUUUCAAUUGUAAUGGAGUCCUCAGAUGGACUUUAUGCUGCAGCAGCAAGCCUGGGAAUUGAUUUGCAGAUCUUCUUCUCUUACUCUCCUGAGUUGUCAAAUGAAGUUAUCCUAAGCUGCAUUAAGAAUGCUGCCAAAUUGACAAGGGGUCUGUAUCCUAAAAUGCCCGAUUCUGUAACUCUAGCAGAGUCAUUUCUUACGCAAUUUCCUGGAAUAAAUCCUUUAACAGCACACUCUAUACUAUCUUCAGGGGCUAUGCUUAAUGAGUUUCUUGAGUGUUCACAUGAACAAAGGAUGCGUGUUUUAGAAAACUAUGACGUUCCAGAAGAAAGUCUUUCUCUAUUUAGUGUUUUCUGCAAAUAUGGGGAACGGGAGGAUUCAAAAUCCAUAAUGACAGACUGCUCGUCCUCAGUAUCUUCUGGUCCAGACUCAGAUAGGUGCCAUCGAUAUCAAGUUGACAACAAAAGAAAAAGAAAAAACCCUAUAAGUAGUCAUCAGAAAGAUGAACAAUACUUUGAUGAGUUGUUGCAAUUCAAGACAUUAAACCAAGAAGUUGAGGCUAUCCCAGAUUCCUCUACUUUGCCAAAACCUUUUGAUCUUGGAAUGUCAAAAGCUGCUGGGAGAUCCAGUGACUUGGAAAAGGCUAGUUUGUGCAUGAGUGAUUUUUUCGAUCAGAAGCAACCAAUCACUGCGAGUACAAUGAAAAACCCUUCCAGAGUCUACCCAUCUUCACGGAACAGCAAAGCUCCCCGAAUAUCAGAGCAGGUGGAACAGCCAUGUUUAUCUUUCAAAAAUAAUGAGUUGGUUCAAAAUGAAAUACUGGAUAUUGACUUGAUGGGGAAAAGCAUGAAUUGGAAUAGCCUUAGUAGUUCUGAGAAGCUGCAUGAGGACAUUAGAGGUGAGGUGGUUGACUUGACUGAUAGUCCCCUAUUAGAUGAAAGCUUCCCCAUGUCUGACUCCAUGUACUUCCCAAAUUUGGUGACUGAUACAGAGAAGGAUCAGCUAAGAAAGAGCAAAAUUGCAAGAAGAUUGUCAUUUAAUAAUAGAAGUCACCCUGCAACCAACUCAUGGGAAAUAUGGAAAUCUUUACAAGAUACAGCUAGAGAAGUUGACGACUAUCCCGAACCAGAUUUUGGAAAAGAUGUAUUUCCUCUUGAUUUCAAGCCUCCUGAAAACGUUGGCUUAACUCAGGUAGCUAUGACAAACUUACAAGGAUUACACUUCCAGGACAGAAUGUCACAUUUGAGCGAGACUCCACUCUCCCGUGCCCGCCGGUCAGCUAGUCCAUUGAGGCAUUCACCUUGGACUAUUGACUUUCUCAAUAAAGUAAAAGAAAAGAGCAAACUGCGUCAAAAAUCGUUAUCAUAUCAGAAGUCUCGCCCUUGCUUUGGGUACCAGGGGAAUGUGUCGAAAGUUCCUAAGAGAAGAAGUCCUUCUAUAAUUGAGUUCUUUAAGUAUCAACCUGGAAGAACACCUGGAAAUUUUCCGGAACAGAAAAGACAGAAGCAAUCUGGACAAUCUUCAAACUCUGUCAAGAAAGGAAGAUAUUCCACUUGCGUACCUUCAUGGACUCCUGAUGACAAGAGAUCAACCAAGGCACUGACUUUUGGGAAGAAAGAAAGUGGAAGCCAAACUAAGCUGGUCUGGAGUGACAAACAGAGGUUCCAGUAUCAGACGCAAUAAUCUAUCAUUGGAGAAAAGAAUGGAGAUGGAGAUUUAUAUUAUAUACGAUGGUGGGUUUAACCUUUUAAAAGGUUUUUUGCUUUAAAACCACAAAGCAAUUCUCAACACAAUUUUAAGUUUCCUGUACCCAGGUUAGUUUGCUCGUGCUUAUAAACUCCUAAUUUGGUUCCUUUUGAACUUGGUAUAUAAUCUAUACUUUGCUUUUUAUUUUUAUAUAUGGAUUGCAUAACUUACCACAUAAGUAAUUUACCCCAUCCUAUGUGGAAAUAUAUUGUGUAAGAUAAGUGAGUUAAAAAUUUCAUACACUUUUUACUUGAACUUUUGUGAAUGAUUUCUAUUGGUCUAUCUAUACUGUAAACUCAUGGAAUAAAUACAAUUCAUAUAAUCAGUGAGUCAAUGGAAUACGAAAGAGUAUGAUAUGGAUGAAAGUUGAGGUCAAGACUAAGCUGGUUUUGAAUGAUGAAAUCAUGAAAAUGAAAUCAUCCGAAGAAGUUUGAUACCACACUGGAUAACCUAUCUCUGGAGCGAAUGGAAAUUUUAUGGUCUACGAAGAAAAUAGUAAGAACCUUUUUUGGGCAGA